AUGGCGUCGCUCGUGUCAUCGCGAUGGCGAUGCGCCCGCUGCCUGUGGCAAUCGCCCCUCCGCGUCCUCCCUCGCACUCCUCACGGCCCUGCUGUCGUCCGGCCCUCUCCUCGCAGAUACGUCCAUCCUCAGGAGUUUAAACCCUUCGUGCCGCCGUCGCCCAGCGACUUGGGCAAGGCAGCCCCGGCCAAGACCUACCGCCGCACCCGCAAGUGGCUGCGCCGUCUCUUCUACCUGUCCCUGGCCACGGGCGCCAUCUAUGUUGUCGACACGCAGUUCUACGCCUCGUCGCUGACGCGAACGGCUCGCACGUUCGGGCUGGGUCUGCUCGUCGCCCUCGACUACAAGAUCAAUUUCCGGCCCAACCCGCCGCUGGCCACGUCCAUCACGGCCCUCCACGCCCGCAAUGCGGAGCGGCUCUCCGAGCUGCUGCGGCAGAAUGGGGGUCUGUACCUGAAGAUCGGCCAGGCCAUCGCCAUGCAGUCGGCCAUCCUGCCGGUGGAGUUCCAGCGGAUGUUCUCGCGCAUGUUCGACGAUGCGCCGCAGAACGACUGGAAGGACGUCGAGAAGGUCAUCCAGGAGGACUUCGGCAAAUCGGUGGAGGAGGUCUUUGGCGUCUCCUUCAGCGGCGAUCCUACCAAGGGCGUCAUGGAGAGGAGGGCUAGGGCCAGUGCCAGCGUGGCCCAGGUCCAUUGGGCCCGGCUGGCCGACGGUCGGGAGGUGGCCAUCAAGAUUCAGAAGCGAGAGAUUGCGCAGCAGGUCAAAUGGGAUCUAUGGGCAUUCAAGGUGGUAGCAUGGAUCUACAGCAAAGUCUUUGACCUCCCCUUCUACAACCUGGUCCCUUUUGUCAGCGAGCGCCUCUUACUCGAGACUGAUUUUGAAAACGAAGCAAACAACGCAGAACGCAUGGCCGCCCUGGUGGCGAACGAGCCGCGACUGCGAGACCGAGUCUAUAUUCCCAAGGUGUAUCGCGAACUGAGCUCGAAGCGCGUCAUGACGGCGGAGUGGAUUGAAGGCGUGCGGCUGUGGGAUAAGGACGCCAUCACGCGGCCGUGGCGAGGCGCCUGGCGUGAAGGCAGUCCCGGCUCACAUGGGACGCCUCUGGACCCUCCGGGGACGAAACUCGAAGAUCUGUCCAAGAAGGCGAAUUUGGUGCGCAUCAAGCCGGAGCGCAACCACUGGCGAGGAUGGAAGAACCGGGGCGGGUUGGGCCUGUCGCUCAAGGACGUCAUGACGACGAUGGUUGAUCUCUUUUCGGCGCAGAUGUUCCUCUGGGGAUGGGUGCAUUGCGACCCCCAUCCGGGCAACAUCUUCGUGCGACGGCAGCCGUCCGGCAAGCCGGAGAUUGUCCUCAUCGACCACGGGCUGUACAUCCAGAUGGACCCGCACUUCCGGCAUCAGUACGCGCGGUUCUGGAAGGCGCUGCUGACGCUGGACAACCGCACGCUGGAAGACAUCGUCAGCCAGUGGGGGGUCAGCAACCCGGAUAUCUUCGCGUCGGCGACGCUGAUGCGGCCGUACCGGGGCGGCAACCUGUCGACGAGCCGGAGUCUGGAGGGGCUGAGCAAGAAGGAGAAGCAGGAGCGGAUCUACGAGAUGCAGCAGGCGGCGCGGAAGGGGAUCCGCGAGAUCCUGGGGGACGAGACCAAGUGGCCGCGCGAGCUGAUCUUCAUCGGGCGGAACCUGCGCAUCGUGCAGGCGAACAACCAGUUCCUGGGGUCGCCGGUCAACCGGGUCAAGAUUACGGGCCUGUGGGCGUCGCGGGCGCUGGUCGAGUCGCCGGAUCUGCCGUUGAUGGAGAAGAUGCGCAACUACGGGCGGCAUCUCGUGUUCCGGCUGGUGCUGUUUACGUCGGAUGUCGUCUUUUAUCUCAGCAAGAUCCGGCAGUUCCUGGGCUGGGGAGGCGGCAUGGAGGAGGACAUUGAGCGGCAGAUGAAAGCGGUGGCGCGGGAUAUGGGGGUGGAACUGCAUCAGAAUAUUUUCGAGGGGUGA